AUAAAUAAAAUGCGUAUCACGGAGAGCAGCGUUGAAGCGUUAACGUUAUUUAUCCUGCGUUUCUGACGUGUAAUCAUAUGUAUUCAAUGAAUUUAUCCACUUCAACCAAACAAAAAAAAUGGAAAUGGACUUUUCUGUUGUGAAGCUACGCCGCCCGUUUUUAUUCUGACUUUAGCCGAGCUCACUUCACACUAGCUUAGCCAUUUAGCCCGCUAACCAAGGCUACAUUAUUAUGCUUCCCCAUUAGCCACGGGCUGCUGGUUUGUUCAGUUGUUAGCAAGAGCUACAAGAUGUCGGCAGCAGAAAAUGGAAAUCGAGUUUUUUCGGCUUCGCCCGCCGCCCAUCUUCACUCUGACGUUAGCCGGGCUCACUAGCAUUAGCCUCUUAGCCAGCUAAGCUAAGUUAUACGAGUUUAGCCGAAGCUAACGUUACGAGAUGGCGGCACUCGGCAGCGACUCGCGCCGCUGUUCUCUCCCUUGAAGCUUUUAUAAUAUACACACGGGACUCUUCCUCUGGCACUUACUCUCCGAGGAAUGCAGGGGAAGGGACAUCCACUUACACCGUGAAGGAUCGACCUGCUCGUGAUGCAUAUUUAACCCAAAACCCUGAUCUGAUCGCCGUAUUGUUUUUUUCCUUACCGGUGUUGUUAUUUCUGUACCCGCUAAAAUGGCGGAUUCUCGAAGCUAGGUUAGCUAGCCGGCUAAAAUUUUUGACGCUGAAACGAGACAAAUAUCAUUAUUUACGAUACUUAAAGUGCUAAAGUAUAGCGCUGAUGCAAAAUGGACUAGUGGCUUUCUGUAUGCAGAGGAUUUUAACCGAGCACGAACCGAUUAGAGGAAGAAAUGGCUUCUCCUGGUACUGGUACUGCGACGUCUGGCGCUUCGGGCACGGUGCUGCAGCCCCGGUGGAAGAGGGUGCUGGGCUGGUCCGGCCCGGUUCCUCGUCCUCGGCACGGACAUCGGGCUGUUGCUAUCAAGGAGCUCAUGGUGGUUUUCGGCGGCGGCAAUGAAGGAAUCGUCGAUGAGCUUCACGUGUACAACACAGCAACCAAUCAGUGGUUUAUUCCGGCUGUCCGGGGUGAUGUUCCACCCGGCUGUGCUGCUUACGGGUUUGUGUGUGAUGGCACACGGCUGUUGGUGUUCGGGGGAAUGGUGGAAUAUGGAAAGUACAGCAACGAUUUAUAUGAACUACAGGCCAGUAGAUGGGAGUGGAAACGGCUGAAGCCUAAGGCUCCAAAGAAUGGCCCGCCGCCCUGUCCCCGUCUGGGCCACAGCUUCUCCCUGGUGGGAAACAAAUGCUACCUGUUUGGAGGCCUUGCCAAUGACAGUGAGGAUCCCAAAAACAAUAUUCCAAGAUACCUAAAUGACCUAUACACACUCGAGCUGCGUCCCGGCUCUAAUGUAACAGGCUGGGACAUCCCCAUCACAUACGGUGUGCUGCCUCCUCCUCGCGAGAGCCACACUGCUGUGGUUUACACAGAGAAAACCUCUAAGAAGUCCCGGCUCGUCAUCUACGGAGGCAUGAGUGGCUGCCGGCUCGGAGACCUCUGGACGUUAGACAUAGAUACUUUGACCUGGAACAAGCCUAGCAUCAGCGGCACAGCUCCUCUCCCACGCAGCCUUCACUCUGCAACAACUAUAACAAACAAGAUGUAUGUGUUUGGCGGGUGGGUGCCCUUGGUGAUGGAUGAUGUGAAAGUGGCUACACACGAGAAGGAAUGGAAGUGCACAAACACACUGGCUUGCCUAAACCUUGACACAAUGACAUGGGAAUCCAUUUUAAUGGACACUCUGGAAGACAACAUCCCGAGGGCCAGAGCAGGCCACUGCUCUGUAGCAAUUAAUUCCAGACUGUAUAUCUGGAGUGGCAGGGAUGGCUACCGCAAGGCCUGGAACAACCAGGUGUGCUGCAAAGACCUCUGGUACCUGGAGACAGACCGUCCCCAUGCACCAUCACGAGUGCAGCUGGUCCGUGCCAACACCAGCUCCCUGGAGGUGAGCUGGGGUGCAGUGCCCACCGCCGACACCUACCUGCUUCAGCUGCAGAAAUAUGACAUCCCUGCCGCAACAGCGGCCACUUCUCCAAAUGUCACUCCCACUUCCUCUCUACCAGCCAACUCACCUAAGAGUCCAGCCCCGGCUGCUGCUGCCCCUGCCUCACAGAGUAUGCCUCUCACUGGCGUCACACUUGUUCCACAGACUCCAUCGCCUACCACCUCCAUGCCUGGCAGCCCACUUGCUGCAGCCUCACCCCGAGGUCCAGCCAUUCUGAAGGUGGCUGCGCCUCAGUCGACCGCUGGGACCUCCAUUGUCACUGUUCGUCAGGCCAAUCAAGUGGGGAAGUCUCCAGUCACUGUUACAUCACUUCCUGCAGGAGUCCGUAUGGUUGUCCCUGCGCAGAGCACUCAGGGAACACCAAUUGGCAGCAGCCCACAGAUGAGUGGCAUGGCUGCCCUGGCUGCAGCUGCUGCCGCUACACAAAAGAUACCGCCCUCCUCUGCGGCCACUGUGCUGAAUGUUCCAGCAGGAGCCACCAUAGUCAAGACUGUCGCUGUGACGCCAGGCUCUACAACUCUACCAGCUACUGUGAAAGUGGCUUCACCAGUGAUGGUGAGUAACCCAGCCACCCGCAUGCUGAAGACAGCUGCUGCCCAGGUUGGGACAUCCACCAUCUCUACUCCCAAUACCCCAACCCGUCCUGUCAUUACUGUUCACAAAUCUGGUACUGUGACGGUAGCCCAGCAGGCCCAGGUGGUCACCACAGUGGUUGGUGGUGUCACCAAAACAAUUACCCUCGUGAAGAGCCCUCUCACUGUUGGCAGCGGUGGAACUCUGAUCUCUAGUCUGGGGAAGGUGAUGUCCGUGGUCCAGACCAAACCAGUACAGACGUCUGCAGUAACUGGUCAAGCCGGUAGUAGUCCUGUCACUCAGAUCAUACAGACGAAGGGACCUCUACCUGCAGGCACCAUCCUGAAGCUGGUCACCUCUGCAGAUGGCAAACCCACCACUAUCAUCACAACCACACAGGCAGGUGGCACUGGUACCAAACCCACCAUCUUGGGCAUCAGUGGAGUCUCCCCAAGCACAGCCACCAAACCUGGCACCACCAUCAUCAAAACCAUUCCCAUGUCUGCCAUCCAGCAGGGAGCUGCAGGUGGUGCUGGUGGCCCUGGCUUAAAAUCUCCCAUUACCAUCAUAACUACCAAGAUGGUGACACCUGGCACCGGCACACCGGGCAAAAUCAUUACAGCUGUACCGAAACUGACCACAGGAACUGGACAGCAGGGGGUGACACAGGUGGUCUUGAAAGGGGCACCUGGACAACCUGGCACGAUUCUACGCACUGUGCCCAUGGGUGGUGUGCGUCUCGUUUCUCCUGGUACUGUUUCUGCUGUCAAACCCACAGUUACCACACUAGUAGUCAAAGGCACCACAGGAGUAACAACUCUUGGCACAGUGAGUGGCACGGUCUCCACCAGCCUGGCAGGGGCCAAUGUUGUUACUUCCAAUGCUAGCCUGGCUACUCCUAUAACCACCCUGGGUACCAUUGCGACACUUUCCAGUCAGGUCAUCACCCCCACAGCCAUCACAGUGUCCGCAGCUCAAGCUAACCUGACUACUGCGUCCUCUGUGGCCCUGCAGGCGCAACCAACUCAGGUUACUCUAAUUAGCACCCCUAGUGGUGUGGAGGCGCAACCUGUUCAGGAUCUACCUGUCUCCAUCCUGGCAUCUCCCACCUCUGAGCAGCCCUCCUCCACGGGGGCAGAAGCCAGCGAUACCACAAGUGAAGUGACUCUGGUCUGCUCCAACCCACCCUGCGAGACUCAUGAAACGGGCACCACCAACACCGCCACUGUUGCUGCUGCCAAGAUAUGUUCUAACCCACCUUGUGAGACGCAUGUGACUGGAACCACCAACACGACAACUACGGCUUCAGCCAACAUGGGACGUGUUCAGCAGGUGUGCACCAACCCUCCGUCAGAGACCCAUGACACAGGCACCACGAACACGACCACUACUGCCAGCUGCAGCAUGGGCUCCCUUGAAACGGGGACCGUUAAUAGCAGUACGGUGUCCCAACAGCCCAUUGUGACCUCACCUGGAAGUACACUGUCUCCGGUUUGCUCUAAUCCUAAUUCUAAUGAAACAGGCACCACCAACACACCCACACAGGUGUCCUCGAGCAUGGGAAGCAAGCAGACCAACACCGUACAGAGAGUAUGUUCUAACCCUCCCUGUGAGACACAUGAAACGGGCACUACCAACACACCCACGCAGGCGUCCUCAAGUAUGGGCAGCGGGCAGACCAACACCGUUCAGAAAGUAUGUUCCAACCUGCCCUGUGAGACACAUGAAACGGGCACUACCAACACACCCACGCAGGCGUCUUCAAGUAUGGGCAGCGGGCAGACCAACACCGUUCAGAAAGUAUGUUCCAACCUGCCCUGUGAGACACAUGAAACGGGCACUACCAACACACCCACGCAGGCGUCUUCAAGUAUGGGCAGCGGGCAGACCAACACCGUUCAGAAAGUAUGUUCCAACCCGCCCUGUGAGACACAUGAAACGGGCACUACCAACACACCCACACAGGCGUCCUCAAAUAUGGGCAGCGGGCAGACCAACACCGUUCAGAAAGUAUGUUCUAACCCGCCCUGUGAGACCCAUGAAACGGGCACUACCAACACACCCACACAGGCGUCCUCAAGUAUGGGCAGCGGGCAAGCCAACACUGUGCAGAGAGUAUGUUCCAACCCGCCCUGUGAGACCCACGAGACUGGCACCACCAACACACCCACCCAGGCUUCAUCCUCCAUUGGAGCCGUUCAAAAUGGCACAGUGCAAAGAGUGUGUUCCAAUCCACCCUGUGAAACUCAUGAGACCGGAACCACCAACACAGCCACUACUGCUACCAGCAGCCUGGAGUCAGCCGAAGGCACAGCUCAACAAAGUGCUGAAGGACAAGAAGACAGUGGCACCAGUGUUGAGGCAACUUCAUCCACAGAGCCUGCCAAUCCCACAAUCCAGAGCAGAGCUGUCACCAUGGUGACUCAGGCCACACCCACCCCAGGGCCCUCUGUCCCAGAGAUCUCAUCCAUGGCAGGCUCUGCUGCCAUAGUGGAGGCCUCGGGUGAAGGUGAUGCUGAGGCUAUGGAACAGGGUGACUCAGAGGCAGUGGCAACGGGUGAGGAGCCCAUGCAGACUGAAGGCGAGCUGGGUGAAGAGGGCACUGUCAGAGUUGUUGCUAUUGAACAGGGUGGUUCUGGCGAGGCAGGAACCAUGCUGCAGGUGCAUGUCGCCAUGGAAGCACAGCCUGGUCAAGGUGAACAGGCCGAGAUGGAGCAAGGUGGAGAGGGUGAGGAGGCUGUGGGUCUGGCCGGGCAGGACUCUGAGGCUUUAGCACUGCCCCAAGAGCUGAUGUCUGCUGAGGGACAGCCCACAACACUGAUGGUGACAGGAUUGACCCCAGAGGAACUGGCUGUCACUGCAGCAGCAGAAGCUGCUGCUCAGGCUGCAGCCACGGAGGAGGCCCAAGCCCUUGCCAUACAGGCUGUACUGCAGGCAGCCCAACAGGCUGUGCUGAAUGAAGGGGAUGCUGGACAGGAUGGUCAGCAGUCAACCACCAUCCCUAUUGUGCUGACACAGCAGGAGCUGGCUGCUCUUGUUGAGCAGCAGCAACAGCUGCAGGAGGCUCAGGCUGCUGCAGCAGCCGCUGCCCAGCAGCUGGCGGCUGAUUCAGGUUCUACAGCUCUGCCCACCGAGGGCCUCGCCCCCGCAGACAGUCUAAAUGACCCCACGUCCGAAAGCAAUGGCCAUGAGAUGACUGCUGCUGCUGUAGUCACUGGUGCUGUGGCUCGACUUCUUCCCAGCACAACUGCAGAGACUUUGGCUCCAUCGAGUACAUUUGCCCCAUCCCAGCCAAUGGCAGUGGCUAGUCCUGCUAAGAUGCAAGCAGCUACUGCUCUUACCGAGGUGGCCAAUGGCAUAGAAUCUGCAGCUGGGAAGCAAGGAGCGCCCCCUGCAGUUGUGAAACCACCAGUAAAGAAAGAAAAUCAGUGGUUUGAUGUUGGAAUUGUCAAGGUGACCAACAUGGUUGUCACACAUUACUACAUGCCAGCAGAUGAUUCGGAGGUUACUGAUGAUGAUUCUGGGACCAUGCCAGAUUACAGCCAAAUGAAGAAAGUAGAGCUUUCUCCUGGCACAGCGUACAAGUUCCGUGUGGCUGGCGUUAAUGCUUGCGGCCGUGGAACCUUCUCCGAAGUGUCAGCCUUCAAAACCUGCCUACCUGGGUUCCCUGGAGCACCAUGUGCCAUUAAAAUCAGCAAGAGCCCAGAUGGUGCUCACCUCACAUGGGAGCCUCCAUCAGUAACGUCAGGAAAGAUUAUUGAAUAUUCGGUCUACCUGGCCAUCCAGAGCUCACAGACAACCGAGGCCAAAGCGUCUGCGCCUGCCCAGCUGGCUUUCAUGCGUGUGUACUGUGGGCCCAACCCCUCUUGUCUGGUUCAGACUUCCAGCCUGUCCAAUGCCCACAUUGACUACACCACCAAACCUGCAAUUAUCUUCCGCAUCGCAGCUCGCAACGAGAAGGGCUAUGGCCCUGCCACGCAAGUCAGGUGGCUACAAGAAACCAGUAAGGAUGGAUCUGCUGCCAAACCUGCAGUAAAGAGACCGGUCUCAUCUCCUGAUGUGAAAGGUAUUGGUGUAAAAAAGGCCCGAGCUGACCAGUGAAAAAAGCUUGCCAUGCCCUUCUUCCCCCUGAGAUGAAGACCCAUGACUGAACUCCUCCUCUUCCUGCUGAAUGCCCUCUUCCUAGGCCUCACCCCUACCACUCUCUACUACAUGAGAUGGCAGCAAAAAAAAAAAGGAAAAAGAAAUCAAGAUAAUCUAGCUGUGCCCUACCCGAGUCCUCACUGAACAUUCUGGUGCCAUGGACGCCUUAUCUUUCCAUUUUUUUGUGUUGUAAAUGUGUCUUCAGACAAACAGUUAAAAGCACAUACUUUUGCUUUUCCUGGCAAUUUUGUGUGACAAAUUUCCAAUGGCAGCAUUUAGUCAAGUUAACUGUAUUGAUUGUUUCCGUAGUUCAGAUACUUUCCUUCCUUCCUGUUUUUAUUUUAGCUUAUUUCAAAACAAGCAAUAGAUAAAGAAGAAAAAAAACAAUAACUUAGCUCUUGAGUGAGUCGUUUCCCCCCCUUCUGUUUUUGGCAAGUUUGUAUAUUUCUGUUGGGCACAGACAGAAGAUGGAAGGAGACUGAACGGAGGGACCGCAGACAAUGAAGUUUCACCUGGAAGACCUUUUGAAAGAUGGGGAAAAAAACACAACACAGCACUUGGUGACGCUUCUGAGGAAAAGACUUCAUUUUAAAGACAGAGCUGUAAUUAUACAUCCAGUCUGAGUUCAGUAGCCCGUAUUACAUCACUGUGUCUUCAUACAUUGCCGAGAGGGACGGAUUAAAGAACUGUACCAUUUUGUACUGAAGAUGUAAGGACUCCGAUUCUUGUAGAAGGAGAGGCAUAUGACUUUUUGGCGUCGCAUCGAAGUACAUCUUGUAUAAAGAAAGAGGAAAAGAAAAAAAAAAUCCCAAAAAUAGUAAGCAGUGAUACAAAAGCUCUGUAUGUGGUUUAUUUUUUUUUUUUUUUUUUUUCCCUUCCUUCCUUUUUUUUUUUUUUUUUUUUUUUUAAACAAUUUUUUCCCCUUAUUGUGUGUGUGUGUGUGUGUGUGUGUGUGCAUCUGCGCAGUUUUAAAACUUGCUUCCAGCUCAUUCCUGUCGUCUGCGUGUGCUUGUGGGAUUGUGUGGCCACUUGUCCCGAGUGCCACAGUAUUUUUUACGUCCCAUGUUAAGUAUUUCAAACGGUGGUUCAGAGAUUGAACUUCAAAGUGGACUUUUUGUACUCAUUCUGGAGACGGGCGUCCCCCCUCGACAACAGGCUUGAGAAUACCGAAUUAAAUGGCUUUUUCGCGUUUUGUGUUUUUCCGUUUCCUCUCUACGUGUACAUUGUUGGACAUUUAAACGAGGCUGUUGCAGGAGUAACGCUUAUGUUCCCGUUUUGGUUCAUUUUUCUCUUCCUGUUAACCUUCCUAGUCCAUAGUUUAUGUAAAAAAUUUCUUUGUGAAUUUAUUUUUUUUCUAUGCUUGUUUGUGAGAUGGUAGAGGUAAAAGCGAAGCUGGGAUGCUCCUCAUGGUGGAGGAAAUGUUGGAGGCAUUUCCAUUUUUCUUGGGAUCAUUCUCGACUUGGCCGAUGUUUUUGGGAUGCAGGGUACAGAUGUGUAAAUCUGAGGGGGAGUCCUGAUCCAGGGCUGGAUGAUCAUAGUGGAUUUGAAAGUCUUAGGUCAGGACUUUUGCUCUGCGACAUGUUAUGCAUAUGACCCCACAGUUUCUAGAUUUUUUUUUUAAAGAGCAAUGUGGAAUGAAAAGUCUCCGAAAGGAUAAAAGGAACAUUUUGGUUUGCAUUUCUGGAAGUUGGAAAUUGAGAAUGAUGGAUUCUUGGCACAGCCAGCGUUUGAACUCGGUUGUAAAUUAGUUCUUUCACGUAGCAAGAAGUAAAACAAACAAACAAAAAAAAAAACAACUCUGCCUUUUUUAUAUAAAUAUCUGUAACAAAUGUUUUUACAUGUUGUCAUCUAUUGAUUGCUUUUGUGUCUUGACAUAUAAAAGUAAUGGAAAUCUG